AUGUCGCGACGCUUGGAAGAUGCCAUGGAGUUCGAGGUCCUGGACGUCGAAGUCGUGGAAGAGUACAGUUACUUCCACCCCGGCAUUACAAGACAGCAAGCUGAAGCUCUCCUCGUCAAUGUAGGAGAUUUCCUGCUGCGUACCGCUAGUACCGGUGGCUACUCGCUCUCCUUGUUGGACACGGAUCGCGUCCACCACUACCAAAUUUCCAACGCAGCCGAAGGUGGCUUUCGCAUCCAGUUUGCUGGACAGUCCAUGACCUUUCCGCGCAUCUCUGAAUUGAUCGAGUAUUUCUCGACCAAGACGAGCCUUGAUGGAACCUUGCUGGCAACUCCCGUUGCCUACAACACAACCGCGAACGCUUCGAGCGACUACAGCUCAAUGCUUCCGACGCGGACUCCGCCUGUCGUGCCACCGUCAGACUACUAUGACAAGGGCGCCCUGGCAGCGAGCAUGGCAUACCGUGACCCGCCGAGUGCCCCGACAUCGGAGCGAACGGACAGGUCACUGAACAAUUUGCUCGAAACGCUCGACUCCUCGACCGGCCGGUUGGAGCGCAUGGAGAUGCAAAAGUUCAACCGAGCGACCAAGCCAAAGAUGGUUGCCACCUCGUCCUCGGUGGAAAUCUUGAACGUUGAGGAGACGCCGGACGACGAGACUGUGCCCGAUCAGGCCCGGCGCGGCACGGCGUCUGGCGGCGGUGCUCCUCCAGGCUCCAAUGCUGCGGUGACUGCGCUGUACUCGGCGAGAGCCAAGGCUUCUCACGGCAUGCGCGUGGUUGGCUCGGCCGUCGCAUCCUCCAUGACCUCGCUGCGUCACGCACUCAACCGACCCGCGCCCAAGGAAGAAGUCGAGCACGAGAAGCCACACCGCUCCAGCUGCUGCGUUCGCUGUUACAAGGCCAUGGUCAAGACACGCAAGCGCCGCAUUGCCACGACGAUUUGCGCCCUGCUGCUGUUGGCCCUGAUUUGCUACCUGAUUGCCGUCCUCGUCCUGCUUCUCCCCUUGCUCAACGCUGCUGUGUUUGUCGAUACAAUCACGCUCCCAGAGCUGUGCUCGGCGGCCGGCGUUCCGUUCGUACUCAAAACAUACCUGUACAAUCCGGCCUCAGUCGGCGCCUCCUUUGAAGACACGACCGCGUACAUUUAUUCCGACGAGUAUGGCCUCUUGGGCCACACAGACCUCACCGGCCAGAGCAUCGAACCAGGCAAUCUCACACUUUCGUUUGCGUCAAAGUUUGUGGUGGACAACGAAGUGGCCGUCCGGACUGUCGCUCAGCGGUUUCUCGACGAGUACCAGGUUCCGCUCAAAGUCACCGUCAAGCUGACAGUCCACACUGGCAUCAUCUUCCCCAUCUCGAUUGAGUUUGAAGUCCCGCAAGUCCUAAACGGCCCGCCUGCUGAAGGCGAGGUGGAGCCUCCGCCGUUUCCACCUUCCGGCCUCAAGGCCCUCUCGCUGCUGCCCGCCAACUACCAAACUGAACUCAACCCGCGGGUCAAUGUGUGGAUUAGCAACUCUUCGUUCGUUCGCGCGACUGUCCCGAGCCUCGAGUUUGACGUGUACGAUGCCCAUGCCCGCAGAAUGGGCUCUGGUCGCUCCGAGCCUGGGUUUUACGGGCAAGAAGGCGCCUAUUUGUGGGCGACGGGUGGCAUGCGCACGGCCAACUUGGUUCCUGUGCAGGAUGCACUGAACGCGUACCUGACCAACUCGAGCCUCCAAGCCGUUAUUCGCGUCGCCGAUCGCAAUCCCGACGAUUGCUACGUGCAGGCGCUUCUUGCCGGCCUGAACGUGACAUUGACUCUCAACUCGACCACGGUGGACGACCCCACGUCGCCUGGGGGCGACAACUCGACGUCGUCCGGGGAUUCGCUCUCCAUCAAUGGCCUCUCGGUCGACACGAUGAGCGACUCGGAGGUCGGUCUCACGUUGAACAUUACUCUUCCCCAGUUCCUGGCAGAUUACGACUUCCAUGGUGACAUUCCGCCCAUUCGCGUUGGAGUCACCGUCUCCGAGUACGGUUUGGCUGAAAUCCAGCUCGAGCCCAUGUUCCUCAGCGAGUUCAGCCCAGACGUCACCAUCAACGUGACCGUCCGCUUGCUGAAUGCUUCGGUCGUCAUGGAUGCAACGCUCGAUUAUCUGGGAAGCAGCGAGCUCAUCGGCGAUGUCACUGGUGUGCCGGCGCUCAACCUUUCUCUUGUCACUGAUAUUUUGACUGCCGUGUCUGUGACGUUCACCAUGAACCCGGGCGACGAAGAGGACGACGACUCGAGCCACGGUGGAAGUGCGCGACGUGCCGUUCUGGAUGAUGCCGUGACCACUCGCGCACGUUCUGGCCUGCGAUUCGCGUCCGCGCUCAAGUCCUCAAUGCACACACGCGCAUCGACCACCGCCUCGGUGCCUCACCGUCGCAAGAGCGGCUCUCGUCAAGUCUCGUCCUUGGCUGACUUUGUCAAGGCUGCGCUGGACUUGCUGCGCUCAGACACCCAACGACAAGCCAAGCCUCUCGGUCUGCCACACUUGGACGAGGGUGGCAUUGCUCGCCGCGAUGAGCCCAUUCAAAACAACCCCUCCUUGAACAGUGUCAACGUCACGGUCGACGUGCAAAGCACCGAGCCCAGCGUGAUGGGCUUUGUGGAUGUUUCGAUGCCUCUCGACUACCUGUCGCUCGACAUUGCGUGGAAGCGGGUCGAGUGGAGCCUGUUCAACAGCGAGCACAUUGGCUCUCUUGUCAUCGAGCCCUUCGCUGGCAAAGGAGGGCACAUUACCCUGAACCUGACAGUCUUUGACUCGCAAAAUGGCACCCACCUGACCAACCUGGUGACGGACUACACGGACGACAUUGACGUCAAGAUUGACAUCACGGGCACGUAUGGCGCAACUCCUCUCGUGACAAGCAUUGUCAUGCCUCGCAGUCUGCCCAAAAAAGACAGUGAGAACGACCACUCGGACGACGACUCGGACGCUUCCAUCGACGCUGCAUCGUGGGUCAGCCUGAACAUGAUCGAGCUGCAAGGUAUCAACCAGACGACCUUCUGCUUUGAUGUUUCGCUGAAUCUUGAGGUCAGCUUUACGUUGCAGCUCAAGUUCCCGGCGCUCGAACUCGACAUUGCCUUGAACAACACUGCCAUGCUCACGCUCAACACAUCGCCCCUCGACGUGUCCUUGGAGGACAAGCUCGUCAACGUGUCUGCCGGUCUCACGAUUAUUGCCGCGCAACAGCUGGUCUGGUCUGUGCUGGACUACAUUGACGAGAGCAUGCUGGUUGUCGGAGUGAAGGGACGGCCUGGAAGCAACUUUUUGAGCACCAUCAUCUCCUCGAUUGACUUUUCCGUCGAGCUGGGCGGCGCCUCGCCCUCGUUCAACUCGACCGUCGACCCCAACCUGAGCUUCACCAACAACUCGGAUGUGUCCCUCAUUGUCGAGUCCGAUCUGUCUUCCGUGAACGCCUCCCUGGCGUGGCUCUUGAGCUCCGACUCGCUGACCUUCACUGUAGCCUGGGGCGACUUGGAUGUGAGCAUUUCCUCCUCCAACCGGAGGUUUAGCAAGGUUGUCCUCCCGUCCGCGCACAUUGGCAAGACCUCGAGUCUCAGUUUGAUUCAGGGCGCGCUCUCCAUUUUUGGCAACGACAAUGGAACCUUUGUCCGUGGCAUUCUGCAGGACUUUCUCGAUGAAGAGUACGUGACCUUGAGCUUCAACGGCAGCUUCACUUCUCGCGCGAACGGGCACAAGGUCUAUCCCAUUGCGACGGGGUUCAAGUUCAACCAGGAAACGUUCACGCGCCCUGCCACCGGACCCGAGACCGGCCCUUCGUUGGACGACGGUAUCAAGUUCUUCAAUGGUGUGGAGCUCAUCUACCUGCGUGGCACGAACGUCUCGGCGGUCGCCAACAUCACACUGGCCUCCGGAAUCGGCUUCAACGUGACCAUCCCGCCGCUCCUUCUCUUUGCUGAUGUUGACGGUAGCCAGCAGUUUGCCAACGUGUCCGUUCGCAUUCCCCAAGUUCAGGCCGCGACCCGAGCCCUGCCCACGCAGGCCAACUUGGCUUUUUCGAGCUGGAUGGAUUUGUGGACUGUCGGCAACAAGUACUUGAACGAAAUUCCAGUCACCGUGGUCGUUUACGGCGAUCGUCGGCGCGGCGCCAACUUUUUGUCCCAGAUCAUCCCUGAAAUCAAGCUGAACGUCACCCGGCCGCCGCCUUCCACCGAAACGCCCUCGUACACUGCGCCCUCCAAUGCCUCCAUGGACAUCUCGGCGUCCGUGGAAUCCACUGCGACAGCUGCCAUCCUCAGUGUCAACAUCACCGUGGUCAAGGAGCUCGACUUUUACUUCAAGUGGGGUGCCAUCAACGUGGAGGCCAGCAGCCCCAAGAUCUCUGUGCGUCAGGCCAUUCUGACCUCGCCUGGCACGUUGGUCGGACCGUUGGGGUCCAAGGCGUCCAUUUUGCUUGUCAUUGACGGGACGUACGCAAAGGUGUGGGCCAACCAGCUCUACAACGGCACCAACUUUAUCAUGCGGCUUGUUGGCUCCCUCGGCUCCGAUCCGACUGGAUUUGCCUCCGAUGUCUACAUUCCAUCUUCGCUGCUCAAGAACAACACCAAACCGUUGCAACCGACAAACGCGCGCCGUGCCGCAGCUUGGAACCCAUGGAUGACUGCCGAGCAACGCCGUGCUCAAGAAGACGAGGCUGCCUUCGAAGCCAGUGAGCUGCGUUUCCAGCGAGCGCGUGCGAGCACCAAGCGCAGUGAUGCCUUUUCCUCCCAAUCGACCCGCCACGAGCGUCGCGAUGCGUUCAUGCGAGCACGUCGUGACACACCCUCGACGACUGCGACAGACGAUGACUCCAUCCCUGGGUUUGCUCUCAAGCAAGUCCGCAUCAAUGGCGGCGACCGCUACAGCUCUGGAAUUGAGCUGCCGUGCUAUCUGGGCCAGUACUGCGGCUCCCUUGCGCAGACUCUCCAGCCGACUGGAGUCAUCGCUGGCCUGCUCAUCAAGCUUCCCGAUCUCCCUGGCGUCACAUUCCAACUCAAAUCGAACUUGAGCAUCACCCUCUAUGCCAACGGCCUGCAAGUGGGCACAGUGUCCAUCUUUUCGCCCAUCCUCCUGACUCCAGGCAUGCGCCAGCUUCCAGCCGCCAUCCAGGUGUUGAUUUCCAAUGUAGCCGACACGAAGGCGGCCGUGACCACCAUGAUGGAGGGCUCGGACAUGAGCUUUAGCGCGUCGGGCACGUCUGCAUUCAACUACCUGUCCGACAUGGUCUCGCUGGUCGAAAUCAACUUUGACAUUCUGGGCAACCCUACGCCCGAGACGGUGGGUCAGCUGCCGGCGUCCAACAUGACUCUGGUUGCCACGUCCUCCACCGGUAUGACCGUUGAUAUCGAGAUGGCCUUCACCAACCCGACUUCGACCACCUUCCUUCUGGGCAACGUCACUGCCCAGGUCAUCUACGGCCACUUUAUGACGGGCGCAUCACCUCCGCAGCGCAACGUUGCGACGGGAUGGCUCACCAACUUUGCUCUGGUGCCCGGUGAGAAUAUCAUUCGUGCACGACUCCAAUUGAGAGCGCCGGAUGCCUGGGGGGUUACGCUCGCGAAUGACGUUCUGUCCCGGUUUAUCUGGUCGUUGACGCUGCCGCUCGAGCUGUCCGUGGCGAUGAACAAUGGCCAGUACUCGAGCGUGUUGCACACAGUCUUCACCAUGCCUGAGCAGUAUUCCGAGUCUGGGUUUGUUGUCGGCUUUGACAUUUCGUUUGGCGACUCGUUCAGCUCGACGUUGUCGAACGGCUUUAAGAUCACCAUCGAGGCGACAAAGACCAUCCACAACAAGCUCCAGUGGCCCAUCAGAAUUCCUCGUCUCUCGUACAAUCUGUUCAUGUGGGACAUGAACGGCGUUCAGGAUAACGGAUGCGCCGGCCCAUGCUCAGUUCUCGGCUAUUGCGAGACUCCUUGGCCGACCAGCCAAAUCAUCUCGCCAGUGACAAUUGGGCCCUCCACGUCCAUUGUGACCGGUCAGACGAUUGUACCCGUGGGCGUCAACGGGCAGAUUCCAUUUUCGUUCCAGCUGAGCGGUGACAAUGCCAUGCGCGUCUACGACCAGUACAUGACCGAGAAUCAAAUGUGUGGCGAUGUGCUCAAUGGUUUGAUUACGGUGGCAAUGGCUACCGAUGGCUGUCCCGUCGGCGACACGUCGUGCACCUACAACGCUGUCAUCAAUUUUGACUGGAAGAACUAUGCGUUUGCUGGUACAGACAGUUGCGGCCAGUUUGCCAUCACCGGCUGCACGCCAACAUUCGCCACUCCAUCGUUUAGCUACUCGGGCACCGUUGCUUCCACCAACAUGGUUGUUCGAGGAUCUGCUUCGACCAAUUCCAACAAGUUCCCAAUUACGCUGACCGACGGCGCAUCUGACGUGGGUGGCAUGUGGUUCAACUCGCUCGUCAAUGUCCGAGAUUCGUGGCGUGCAACGUUCGCGGUGAAAAUUACGGACGGAAUAUCCUGGCUCGCCAACCCAGCUGGCGAAGGGUUUGCCUUUGUCAUUCAGAACAACGCGAAUGGCCUGAACGCGCUUGGCUCUGCCGGCGGAAGCUCCGACUCUGGCUGUGGGUACAAGGGUCUCACCAACUCGAUUGCAGUGUACUUUGACUCGAUGAACUGCAACGAGAUGUACAUGCUUUCAAACGGCGUCAUCACGCCAAACUUCACCAGCUGGUCAACGCCUGCCGAGUUUGACGCAGAAGAUGUGACCACCCAGUUCGUUGUGACGUACGACGCAGAUGGGCAUCGCAUGUCAGUCGCCACAGGUGGCCGUGUCUCGAACUUUGACUUUGACAUCGACCGCAUGAUGACCCUGAAUUCCGGAAGAGCGUACGUUGGUAUGACGGCGGCCACGGGAAGCUACUAUGCUUCUGGUCACAUCGUGUCGUUGUUCUCGUUUGAACAGAUCACGACCGACUCUUCCAAAACAACGCUUGAUGGCUACCUCAUGGCACCGUACGAGUUUGCUGCUGGUUAUCUGCACUUCCAAGCUCGUGAAUCUUGCAACCGCAGGCGCGUAACUGGAGGUGACACAUUCAUUGCAACCAUGAGCAUGGCGUCCGCUCCGUUCACGGUUGUUCGUACGUUUACCAAGACGGAUCCGAUCAACUCGAUUACGGAUUUGGGCACUGGCUUGUACCGCAUCAACUUCCAGUCGGCGCCGCCUCGUGGGCGCUACGAUAUUCGUGUGCGAUUGUCCUCCUGUGCCGCCGGCACAAGCUGCGAAGUCCUCAUUGCGAGCAUGUUUAUGCGACGUGUAGUGAUUGAGGAUUGA